AUGCCAGGGCUUGAAAGUGAAAAACAGCAGUCAGUAAACUGUGUGAGGCUGGUCCUGAUUGGAAAGACUGGAGUUGGAAAGAGUGCUACAGGAAACACCAUCCUAGGAAGGAAAGAAUUUGAUUCCAUUGUUUCAACAGUUUCUGUCACGACAAAAUGUGAAAAAAGCACAGCUAUGAUUGGUGCCAGAAUGGUGCAGGUAAUUGACACCCCAGGUCUUUUUGAUACGACUGUCUCAAAUGAGAAGAUCAAAGAAGAGAUUGGGAAAUGCAUCACCAUGUCCUCACCAGGUCCCCAUGUGUUCCUGCUGUUGGUCUCUGUUGGACGCUUCACCCAAGAGGAGAGGGAGACAGUGAAGAUGAUCCAGGAGAUCUUUGGAGAGCACUCCAAAGCGUACACAAUGGUGGGAUUCACUAGAGGAGACGAUCUUGGGGAAUGCACAAGCAUAGAGGAGUAUAUUCAGUCAGGCCAUAAUGAGAUGAGGGAACUCAUACAAGAAUGUGGGGGAAGAUACCAUGUCUUCUACAAUAAGAGAAAUAGCAAUGAUUAUCAGGCCAGCUCUCUGCUGGAGAAAGUUGACAAGAUGAUCCACCAAAAUGGAGGAGGAUUCUACACCACAGCCAUGUAUGAAGAGACAGAAGCAAACAUUACAGCAAGAGAGAUGAUGCUUUUACAUAAAAGAGUGGAGGAAUUGAAGCAAAGAAGUAAAGUGAUCUAUUUUGCACGCUACAAUGUAACAACUGUAGCCCAGCCAGUAGAGGGUGAGAAGACUCUAAACAAUGUGAGAGGUGAACUUGUCAAAUCAAGUGAGAAGGAGAGGUCCACGCCGGGGAAAUUAAGGCCCCAUGGGAAUAUGGAAGACAUGGAAGAAAAUAUCUUAUCUGAGCUGGCCAAGAGUCGUGAUGUCAUCCGGGAACAGGCUGAGAAGGAUGAAGCCAAAGCCACUGCCAAAACUUUAAAAUUAAGACGUUUUAGAUGCUCCAUCUCAUAAGAUCUGCCAGCAUGGCAGUACAACAUUUUGGGUGUGCCACUAAUCUAGUCUUGUGAGACUGAUCUAAAUUCUAAAUAGGUCUGGCCUUACUCCAUUGUGGAUUGUGCCUAGUCCUUGUAUCCUAAUGGACAUACAUUUAGGGAUAACCGAUUAAUUAAUUGGUUUAAUGAAACUAAUUAAUUAAUGAAUUUAUUAAUUAGUUGUAUUAAUUAACAAACAAUUAAUGUUGCAAACUGAUCUGAUCUAAGCAGGGGGAAACAGUAGAGGGCGCCAACACGAUAGGCUAAUUAGUGACAGUGUUAUGAAUUAAAUGAACAGUUAAGUGCUGCCAUGGAGAGGAGAAAAGCGCUUCAAAAGUUGGUCAAAUAAACCAACACGUUCGAAACAGUUAUGACGCCAACUUUAAAAUUAUAGUCGUGAAUGAGGCGGAAUCAUCUAAUAAUUGUAUGCCAAAAAAUGCUGCCAAAAAAUUUGGAGUCACAGAAUGCAACGUUCGGAGGUGGCAGGCACAAAAAGAACGACUAAAAAAUUGCUAUAGCCAAAGGAAAGCUUAUGAUAGAAUCUAUGAAUAUGUGAUAGAAAAACGUCGGGAUGCGAUGCCAAUCACAAGAGAAAUCAUUUGGCUGAGAGCUCUGGAGAUAGCCAAUUAGCUGAACAUACCGACAAAUAAAUUCAAAGCUAGCACUGGGUGGUGUACACGAAUGAUGUGACGCAAAGGGCUGACACUGCGUCGUAGAACAAGUCUGGCUCAGCGCCUGCCCUCAGACUUCGAGGAGACGUUGCUGUCUUUUCAGCGAUAUGUGCUUGAACUGAGGAAAACUCACUCAUACCCCCUGGAUCAGAUAGGGAAUGCUGACCAAACGCCAGACAUUUUUGACAUGUCAACUGUAAUGUGAAUAAACCGA